AUGACGCCGCAUUUCCCGCCAGAUGUCUACAUUGGUCAAGUCAUUCCACACUCUGAGCCAAAGCCGCCAAGAUUUUUUACACGCUACGAUCUCCCUGGAGGAUUCGGGAGAGUGACUUCUUCAGACGAGACGAUUUCUACCCGCAGCGGAGUCUCGUCGGAAUCAGCAUGGGAUCUGCGCGAUGACGAGGUGCUCCCUGGAGUGUCGCACGCGCGACUGGCGAAAUGGCGAGCCUCCGCCGCGCGAUCACGGCUGACCACCGCAGCUGACGCUGACACUACGGCUGGAGCUAAACCGUUUGACGCUUCUCGAGAAGACGACGAAGCUUCCUAUCCUGACCGCAAGGGAAAGCGUGAAGGUGGUGGCGAGCUGUGCGGGUGGCCGGUUCCCGCUACUCCCGCGCGCGAGACGGAGGACGGGUUUCAGGGGGACUCGGUGUGGUACAGCACGAACGGCAGCGAGUGGAUGCAGCACGCGUACCUGGAGAUGCUUCUAGCGGGGAUGGUGGAGCGCGGAAGGGGACAGGCGGGGGUGGGGGGUGACGAACCGGAGCCUGUAUGCGUGGCGGUGUAUCUGCCACCCCAUUGGUUCCCUUGCUCCGACUCGCGAGCUGGCUGCCAGCUGGCAGUGUGGGUCCGCCCUGCGUCGUCCGACGUGGCGCUGCUGUACCACCUGCUCGACACGCGCGCCUUCCGCUUCCUGCGCGCGUCGCUGCUCCCCCACUUCCGCCCAGCCGCCAUUCUUGAUGCAGGCGCCAACAUCGGGCUCGCGUCCCUCAUCUUCGCCAUGCGUUUCCCGGAUGCGCUGAUAGUGGCAGUGGAGCCGGCACGGGACAACUUCGCCCUGCUGCAGCGCAAUGUGAAGCACCUCCCCCAGAUACUGCCAGUCAAUGCCGCCCUCUGCAGAGCGGAUUCCCUGUCACCACCGUCACCUGCUGCUGCCAACCACUCACCUGCCUCCCCCUCCCCCUGCAUGCCCGCUGUCUCGGUGCCGUCGCUGCUGCAGCGCAUGCAGCUGCCACGCUUUGACUACGUGAAGAUUGACAUUGAGGGCGCUGAGAAAGAGGUGUUCUGCUCUGAUGCAGGAGCAGGAACAACAGAUGCAGCAGCAGCAGCAGCGGGGGGGUGGCACCGUGACGUGGCAGUGGUGUCAGUGGAGGUGCAUGAGGACUUGGCGCCGGGGAUAGCCGCGUGCAUGGAGGGGGUGUGUGCGCGCACACGGUAUGACGUGCGCACGUACGGCGAGAACACUGUGUACUUCAGCCCCAACGUGUGGGUGCAUGCGCUGAAACCACUGGAUCUGAGCGUGCGGUGA